CCUAACGACUUACUAUUUAGUGUCAGGAAAUUUUAUAAACUCAUAUUUUAUCUCGUCGUCAUGAAAAACGUAAAAUUCAUAGUUCUGCUGCUUCUCAUAGUGGUUUGUGACAGUAGUUGUCCAUCCACCUGGUACGCCAUUCCUGACAACCGAUGCAUCAAAGUAAUCUUUCCAAGGAAUGUAGCUAUGAUUAAAAUUCAUACCAGUAAGCUGUGUGAGAAAUACACGAUUGGCACAAAGGUUGCAUCAUAUAUCUCAGUGACAUCUCCAAUGGACAUGGCCAUACUAAACAAGUUUUCUCCCUGGAUACAAAAUUUCUACUUGGAUUGGAACUACGUCGGAUCAAACUACUAUUACAGCGAUGGUGGUUUGAUUGACAUUGUUGAAUAUUCACUCACGGAUAUUACUGUUCAAGUAGGGGACUGUGUUGGUGUGAGCUUCCUUCACCAAGGUUUUUUUGCUGAUUGCCUCCUAUCUUGUGGAUACGUUUGUGAAAUAAAACUUUAAAAUCAUGCCAUUAUCAGUAACAUGUCUGGCCGUCUCCAUCGGCAGAUACAGAG